CAAUAUAAUAAAAGCCAGGUGAGCGUCAAAGUUUUAGGGUUCAAUUCUAAAUGACACCCUUUUCCCUUUAUAGUACACUACUUUUACCCAUCCCAAAUGACUUCUUUUUUUGUAGUACACUACUUUUGACCAGGACUCAAAGCGCAAUGUAUAGAAUAUGGUGCCAUUGGGAUGCAUCAUUAAUGCAGUCCGGGAAGUAGGAAACAUUUACUUUCGUCUUGUUCUUUUUCUGUUUAUAAUUUUUGUUAUAAAGAGUAAUAUAGCAAUCAGGUUAUUAUGCAUGGUGAAAGGUGCAUUGUGGAGCACAUCCAUUGCAUUAUCACAGUUAAUGUGUUGCUGACUGUUUACAUCACAUGAAUUAAAAGGCUUAUCAAGCGGCUUUUGAUAUGUAUCCCAUUCUCAAUUAACGGAAACAAAGGAAUUCCAAUGAUGUAACCCUUUUGAAACCUUCACGUUUACUUUCGAUUGCACUCCUCCUGCACUAUAAACGAAGACGGGCUUAUCAUUUGACAUCACACGAAGGUUUCUAUUUCUCCGGUGGGCGUGAGCAUCACUAGAAAAGGGAAAGCAAGGACUCUGGGUUUCGGAAUCAAGAUGAUACCCUAUGUGUCGUUGUGCAAAUAUUUUCCUGUCGCUAUAGUUGUGAUCAUAGUUUUCAGUGUCAAUGGAUACAUUGAGGAUCCUCUUUUUGACUGCCUGCAAGAUUCAGACUAUGCCGAACUCCUUGAAAUUGUGGACAGAGGUCUUCCCUUCACAAAGACACCCCAUCAUAUUGCCAUCGUCGGUGGUGGUAUUGCUGGACUGACUGCAGCAAAGCUUCUGGAGGACGUAGGGCACAAGGUGACUUUAAUAGAGGCAAGUGAUCGAAUUGGAGGACGGGUGGAGACCUACAGAAAUAGAAGAGAGGGAUGGUAUGCAGAGCUGGGUGCUAUGAGGAUCCCUAGCUUUCACAAAAUUCUUUUAUCAUUUUCAUCAAAAAUGGGCCUUGGACUGAAUCCAUUUAUCCAGGAUGACAUCAACACAUAUUACCAUGUGAACGGGUUGCUGCAGAAAACAUACAGAGUUAAAGAGAACCCAGACGUGCUGAACUAUCCCUUGACUGACAAGGAAAGGGGAAAAUCGGCUGGUCAGCUCUUUGACUUGGCCCUGUGGAAGAUAAGGGAUGAUAUGAAGACAGCUGGCUGCGAGGCCAUGUUGACAAAAUAUGACUCGUACUCAGUCAAGGAGUAUCUAGUGAAGGAGGGGAACCUGAGUCGUGGUGCCCUGCGCAUGAUUGGAGAUAUCCUGAAUGAGAACAGCCUCUUCUACGCAUCACUUUCUGAGAUGCUGUAUAUUCAGUCGGAUAUCAAUGACAACACUGCCUAUUACGAGAUCACUGAUGGGUUUGACCAUUUACCGAGGGCAUUUUACCAGGCCCUCAACUGCACUAUCCUUCUCAACUCCAAGGUCCGACUCAUCAGUCAAACCAGCAGCAAUGUGACCGUAUCCUACCAGGACUUGCGUGAUCCAUCCUCUCUGACCAACCUCACAGUCGACUAUGCCCUGGUGACAGCUACAGCAAAGGCCACCCUCUUCAUGGACUUCCAACCCCCGCUGUCACCCCAGAAGAUGGAGGCCCUGCGGUCCGUGCACUACGCCAGCUCCACCAAGGUGGUCCUCAGCUUCAGCGAGAGAUUCUGGGAAAAGGAUGGUAUCAAAGGUGGGAAAAGCAUCACAGAUCUCCCCUCUCGUUUCAUCUACUACCCUAGCCACAGCUUCCCAGGCACGGCUGGGGGGGCUCUCCUUGCAUCCUACACCUGUUCCGAUGACUCCACUCUGUUCCAGGGGGUCAGCGAGUAUGAACUGAAGGCCUUGGUGAUGGAUGACCUGGUUAAGAUCCAUGGGGAGGCUAUACGACCUCUCUGCACUGGAGGAUUGGUGAAGAAGUGGGGGCUGGAUCCCUUCAGCCUGGGGGCUUUUGCCAUUUACACACCUUACCAGCAGACGGACUACGCCUCGGACCUGUUCAGGAAUGAGAGCAGGGUCCACUUUGCUGGGGAGCACACGGCACUACCUCAUGCUUGGAUUGAGACUGCCAUGAAAUCUGCACUAAGGGCAGCCAGGAACAUCAGUAACCUGGAAGGAUAGACAUCUGGGGCCUGGGCACAUCAAUUUUUAUUUUGAAUAGCUUGAGAGGUUGAAUGUUGACAAACUAAAUGACGAAAUCCAAUGGCCAAACCAAAAACUAUUUAUUUUGAUAAAACAUUUUAAGUAGUCUGAUGAUGCAUUCGGUAGUAUUCAUGUGUUCUGCUCUACUCAAUAUGAAUGGCACAACAUGAUGAGAGGAGUGUUGACGAAAUGUUCAGCAGAACUGAAAAUGUUUACUGGCCAAUUUACAAGUCCCCUUCAGGGCACAAUGUUAAUACUUUUUACCCUUUCGAACCUGUUUUUUUUGUGUGUACUGUUUUAAAAUGGCAACUUUGUUAAAUUGCCUACAGUAUUGUACAAAAUAACUGUGUCAAAUGAUGUUGUCACACAGAUGUUACAGAGAUGUUAUGAGUAGCACUGUGUAGGUGUAGUAUUGGGCCUAUUUUUUUAUAUAUAUUUUUAUUUAUUUAAUAAAGCUGUAUUGUAACCAAAUACUUUGAUUCUCUAGCAUGUCCAAUUUAGGCCCACCUGUUGAAUAAUUGUACUGUGGCAUAUCAUCAUUUUAGGCAAUGCUGUUAUGGGUUCGAUGCAUAAGGGAAAACGUAAUUCACAGUUCUCUUACCAAAUAAAAACAUUAUAGCCUA